AUGUCCAUGGACGGGGAUCUCUUCAAUGUCGGCGAGAAUGACGAGGAUAUGUUAGACGGAGACGAGGAUAACGACAGCUACGGGAUGGACGUGGACGAAGACAAUCAGAACGACGAAGACGAGGAUGGUGGGGACAACAACGACAACGACAAUGAUAACGACAACGAACAGGGGAACGAGGACGAUGACGAUGAUGAAGAUGGAGGUGAAGACGAUGAUGGUGAAGGUGAAGACGGUGAUGAUGCUGACGAUGAGUCCGAAAAGGGAAGAAAUGAUGAAGAAGCUGAUGCAAGUGGCCAGGCCGGGUCUGUGGAGGAGAAGAAAACAGAGAAUAGAGAUGAGGCUGAGAGCAAAGAAAAUGGCGAAAGAAGUGGAUCAAGUACAGAAAUUGGGGAUGCUGCCUCGGGAAGUGGCGUACAGAAAGAUACUUCUUCUGAGUCUUCCACCGCGGACUACAAGAGCAUCAGACAAAAAGCACGCGAAGGAGUGAAGAAGGCAACGUAUUUUGAUAUACUGCCCAUGAUGGCUUGCCCCUACGCAAACCAGUGUCAUGCGUUUGCUGUGUCUGAAGGACCCAAGUGGUUGUUGACGGGAGGAGAGGACGGGUUCAUUCGAAAGUACGACUUCAUUGCGUCCAUUGAGGGAAAAGCACCAUUGACAGUGGCGCAGAAACACAAUCUUAUGGAUAGCAUCACUAAAGCGGGUGUUAUUGGUUCCUAUUGGGAGAAUGAACAGCCGCAAACAAAACAGCAGAUCAUGAACUCGAAUCCCAAGAUCAAGCCCUCAGAUUUCACCUCUGGGGCAAUUUCAUACGAGCCCAAAGUCAACCCGGUAUACGCCCUUGACGUUGAGAGGAACGGUUACUGGUGUCUUUCAGGUUUGCUGUCGGGUGGUAUCUGUCUAUAUACCAUGAUUUACAACGAAGGUGCUAUCCACCACUACUUUCCGCAUAACGAACAAAAGCACUCACAGCAUACAAUGUCGAAUGGUCAUCUGGAUACAAUCUCCGUACUUCGACUUAACUUCGAGCAGAACAGGUUUCUCUCAGGGUCCUGGGAUAAGACCAUCAGGGAAUGGGACUUAAAUACCGGGAAUGUUGUAAAUCUAUACAAGGGUAGCUCAGGGCAGAUUUCAAAUAUUCAGUACAGGCCACAGGGUCUUGGUGAUAUCACAUUUGAAGUUGAUGCUGAUUUGGAACCAAAAAACGAAAACAGUGACGUUGACUCUCUCUUUGGAGACAGUGACGAGGACAACGACGGAGAGGGUGACAAGGAUGACAUGGAGGAGGAUAAGGUAGCCAAAGCUAAUACCAAACUGGAUUCCAGAGGCAAGAAUAAGAUUGUUACAUCAGACACGAUUUUCAUGAGCUCAAGCAGCGACGGAACUGUCAAUAUUUGGGACGCUCGUGUGUCUAAUGGAACGGCAGUUCUCCGAAUAGGCGUUCCUGAGGGAGUUCCGCCUUGGUGUAUGACUUCGUCGUGGUCAAAUGAUGGUGAUAAAAUAUACGUUGGCAGAAGAAACAGCACCGUGGAAGAGCUUUCUUUGCGCAUGCCUCAUAAACGAGGAACAGGAUCUACGAUGGUGCCCAAUGUGUCUAAAUGCCUUCAGUUCCCUAAAAUUUCAGGACCAGUGUCUGCUCUUUCAGUCAUGCCCAACGACAACUUUCUUCUAUGUGGUUCGAAUGAUAAUAUUCGUCUAUAUAACCUCAGUCUUUAUGACGACUUUGCCCAGGAGACCACUGUUCUGAAGAAGAGAGCAACACCUUUCUUUGUUAUUCCAGGCCACCAUGGAGGUAUUUUGUCAAACUUGUACGUUGACGAUACUGGACGCUUCAUGAUAAGUACAAGUGGAAAUCGUGGAUGGGGACAGUCAUCCUAUGCUGAUGCUGUGCUUGUAUAUUCGAUAGACUACGAGAACCAGCAGUAA